AUGGAGCCUCGGAGAAAACACUCGACAAGCCUCCACACGUGUCAUCCGUGCCGGCGCACCACUCUCUACCGAAUCUAUGCGGUGGUUCACACGUGUGGCAUCAUAGCCCUCAUGUAUCACCAUGCACACUCACUUGUCACAAGAAGAAGCUCUACUCUAAUAACUUCUCUUCUUCUCCUCUCUGAUAUCAUUCUCGCCUUCUUGUGGGCCACCACAACAUCCCUCCGGUUAAACCCGGUUCACCGGACUGAGUAUCCUGAGAGAUAUGAAUCUAAACCGGAAAAUUUUCCCAAGCUGGACGUGUUUAUAUGCACGGCUGAUCCUUACAAGGAGCCUCCGUUGAUGGUGGCCAACACCGCCUUGUCAGUGUUGACUUACGAUUAUCCGGCGGAUAAGAUCUCAGUCUACGUAUCGGACGAUGGAGGAUCGUCCUUGACGUUGUUUGCUUUGAUGGAGGCUGCUAAGUUCUCUAAGCAUUGGUUGCCAUAUUGCAAGAAGAACAAUGUUCAAGAUCGGUCUCCUGAAGUUUAUUUCUCAUCAAAUUCUCAUCCUAAAGACGAGGAAACUCAAAAUCUUAAGGGGAUGUACGAAGAUAUGAAAAAGAGAGUAGAACAUGUGGUGGAUUGUGGCAAAGUUGAUAGUCAAUCAAUCAAAUCUAUUCAAUUUCCUGAAGUCUUCGAUUUGUGGGAUCACAAAUUCACUCUUAAUGACCAUCCUACAAUUACUAAGGUGCUACAAUCUAACGAGACAGAGAUAAUGCCAAACCUAAUCUAUGUUUCAAGAGAGAAGAGUAAAGUUUCAUCACAUCAUUUCAAAGCUGGUGCUCUUAAUACCUUGUUACGAGUAUCAUCGGUGAUGACAAACUCACCAAUCAUUUUAACACUAGAUUGUGACAUGUACUCAAAUGAUCCCACAACACCGGUUCGUGCUUUAUGCUAUUUAUCAGAUCCUAAGAUCAAUUCCGGUUUAGGAUUUGUGCAGUUUCCUCAAAAAUUUCAAGGAAUAAACAAAAAUGAUAUAUAUGCAUCCGAGCUCAAACGACCCUUUGACAUCAAUACGAUUGGGUAUGAUGGACUAAUGGGCCCAAUUUACAUGGGAACUGGUUGUUUUUUCAAUCGUCGGGUUUUCUAUGGGCCUCCAUCUAAGCCUGAGAUAGAUGAACUUGGACCAAAUUGGAUUGCCGAUAAGUCCAUCAAAGCCCAAGAUGUUUUGGCAUUGGCACAUAAUGUAGCAGGAUGUAACUACGAGCUUAACACCAAUUGGGGAUCCAAGAUUGGUUUCAGAUACGGAUCAUUAGUAGAAGACUACUACACAGGGUUUAUGCUCCAUUGUGAAGGAUGGAGAUCAGUUUUUUGCAGUCCCAAAAGAGCUGCAUUUUAUGGAAUUUCUCCUAAAUCCUUAGUUGAUGUAGUGGGCCAACAAAAGCGAUGGUCCAUUGGGCUUCUUGAAGUGGCUUUAUGUAAGUAUAGCCCAAUUAGUUACGGUUUCAAAUCAUUGGGCUUAUUCAUGAGUUUAGGCUAUUGCUACUAUGCGUUUUGGCCGUUAUGUUCAAUUCCUCUCACGGUCUAUGGACUUUUACCUCAACUUGCCAUUCUCUUUGAAGUUAGCAUCUUCCCCAAGGCAUCAGAUCCAUGGUUUUGGCUCUACAUCUUCUUGUUCUUCGGUUCGUAUACGCAAGAUUUAUUCGAUUUUUCAUUGGAAGGAAGCACUUAUAGGAAAUGGUGGAACGAUCAAAGAAUGUGGAUGAUAAGAGGAUUAUCUUCAUUCCUCUUUGGGUUAUUAGAGUUCACACUCAAAACCCUAAACCUCUCUACGUACGGAUUCAACGUCACUAGUAAAGCCAACGAUGAUGACAAACAGAGGAAGAGGUACGAGCAAGAGAUUUUUGAAUUCGGGCCCUCUUCGUCCAUGUUCUUGCCCAUGGCUACGGUGGCGAUCAUGAAUCUCCUUGCUUUUGUUUGGGGGAUUUAUGGUAUUUUCACUAGGGAAGAAGGACCCAUUAUUGAGCUCAUGUUAGCGAGCUUCGCGGUAGUGAAUUGCUUACCGAUCUAUGAGGCUAUGGUGUUGAGGAAAGACAACGGAAAAUUACCAAAAAAGGUAAGUUUCUUAGCUGGGAUCCUCACAUUUGUUCUCAUUGUGUUAGGUUACUUUUUAUUCAAGUAA